UAUGGGUCUCUAUGGGAUCUCUGUGGGGCUCUGUGGGGCUGUAUGAUGCUCUAUGGGAUCUCUAUGGGGCUUUUUGGGCUCUAUGGGACUUUUGGGGCUCUGUGGGGCUCUGUGGGGCUGUAUGGGCUCUAUGAUGCUCUAUGGGGCUCUAUGGGAUCUCUGUGGGGCUGUGUGGGGCUGUAUGGGCUCUAUGGGGCUGUAUGGGCUCUAUGGGGUGCUGAGCAGCCCCCCCCCAGGCUGGGCCCCACGGAUUACAUCCGCACCCCCACGGGGGACGAGUUCGUGACGGCCCAGGUGCGCAGGGGGCUCCUGCCCCGAAUCCUCGAGGGGCUGCUGGCGGCGCGGCGCAGGGCGAAGGAGGCGCUGUCCCGCGAGGUCGAUCCGUUCCGCCGCCAGGUCCUGGACGGCCGGCAGCUGGCGCUCAAAGUCAGCGCCAACUCGGUGUACGGCUUCACCGGGGCGCAGGCCGGCCGCCUGCCCUGCCUCGAGAUCUCGCAGAGCGUGACGGGGUUCGGCCGGCAGAUGAUCGAGCGCACGCAGCAGCUGGUGGAGACCCAUUUCUGCGUGCAGAACGGCUACCCGGCCAACGCCAAGGUGGGGGCUGUGGGGCGGGGGG